AUGGACGAUCAGACGGAAACACUGAAGAACAUGUACAGGGACGAUCAGACGGAAACACGUACGAACAGUUACAUGGACGAUCAGACAGAAAUACGUACGAACAGUUACAUGGACGAUCAGACGAAAACACGUACGAAUAGUUACAGGGACGAUCAGACAGAAACACGUACGAACAAUUACAAGGACGAUCCGACAGAAACACGUACGAAAAGUUACAUGGACGAUCAGACAGAAACACGUACGAACAUUUACAGGGACGAUCAGACAGAAACACGUACGAACAUUUACAGAGUGGAUCAGACAGAAACACGUACGAACAGUUACAGGGACGAUCAGACAGAAACACGUACGAACAUUUACAGAGUGGAUCAGACAGAAAAACGUACGAACAGUUACAGGGACGAUCAGACAGAAACACGUACGAACAGUUACAGGGACGAUCAGACAGAAACACGUACGAACAAUUGCAUGGACAAUCAGAUGGAAACACAUACAAAUAGUUACAGGGACGAUCAGACAGAAAUACGUACGAACAGUUACAUGGACGAUCAGACGGAAACACUUACAGGACGAUCAGACAGAAACACGUACGAACAUUUACAUGGACGAUCAGACAGAAACACGUACGAAGAGUUACAGGGACGAUCAGACAGAAACACGUACGAACAUUUACAGAGUGGAUCAGACAGAAACACGUACGAACAGUUACAGGGACGAUCAGACAGAAACACGUACGAACAUUUACAGAGUGGAUCAGACAGAAAAACGUACGAACAGUUACAGGGACGAUCAGACAGAAACACGUACGAACAGUUGCAUGGACAAUCAGAUGGAAACACGUACGAAUAG